AUGGUCAGCAACCCAUUUCGGUCGACUAAAUGGAGACAUCGCUCAACUACCAUUGAGAUGAAGGAUGAGGAAUCCAUACAGAGCAAAGCAACGCCACCAUUACCACCAUCUUCCCACCAUCCAUCGCAACCUCCUCCUUCAACACCUGCUGCUGCUGCUGCUUCUGCUCCUUCUACAAGUGCCCCUUCAAAUACUAAAAGUAAAAAACAUGGAAAAGAGGUUCCGUUCAAUUCAGAUAGCAUUUUGAAUGGCAUUGGCGACUACAUAUUUGAAUCCCCUCUUGGAGAUGGCAAGUUCAGUAAGGUCAUGCUAGCACACCAUUACGCUACGGGAGCCAAAGUAGCCAUCAAGGUGAUCAAUAAAAGAGCACACAUUUACAGAGUCAUGUCGAGGCUUGUGCGUGAAAUUGCGUUGAUGGAAGUACUGGAUCAUGAGAACAUUGUGCAGCUGUAUGAAACGUACGAAACUGCAGAUGCCCUGUAUUUGGUGAUGGAGUACGUUGCAGGCUACAACCUCGAGGAAUACCUGAAAAGAGUCGAUAAGAGCAUUAUUCCUGAAAACCAGGCGCGUGAUAUCUUUCGUCAGGUGGUGAUGGCUGUAGACCACUGCCAUUCCAAAUGGAUCGUUCACCGAGAUUUAAAGACGCCAAACAUAUUACUCACUGCAGACCAUCGAGUCAAGAUUGCUGAUUUUGGUUUGGGAAAUCGAUUUGGCUUGACAAGGUUAAAGACAGUCUGUGGAUCCAUGUUGUAUUAUAGCCCUGAAAUUAUAUCAGCCAGAUCAUAUGUUGGACCUGAAGUGGACUCUUGGUGCUUGGGUAUCAUGCUGUUUAGAAUGACAGCCGGCCUUGAACUUUUUUCACAUGCUAAGACACCAUCCGAAUUGAAAAAGUUCAUCCUCAAUCGCCACUACAAGUUCCCAUCUCAUUUGAGCCCUGAACUACAGACCACCAUACAAAAAUGCCUCUCUAUCGACAGGUACGAUCGGCUCAGCCUAAAGACGUUCCUAAGCCAAGAUCCCUGGUUCAACAAUUACGGCGCCUUGGACGAUGUCUUCAAGCAACGCCAAUUCAAUUCCUCUUAUAAUGCGCAUGAUGCCACAGAAUCCUAUGCCGAGUCAGCCAAGUCAGAAGACAGCAACCAGAUCCAAUUUAGUGCUCAAAACAGUAAGCGGCAGUGUAAACAAGAUCUACAGGAUGAAAGAAGAAGAGGCAGAAAAGUGCCCAAAACUGUCAUCUACCACCUAACCAAUCCAGCAACUUACUUUACAAGUCCAAUCCCUCAUUCUUCUCAACACCCAGUGCAAUUAGACACUCAAAAUCAAGUCGUGAUGGACCUGAACCAAAACUUGCUAGUGACUUUAAAGCAAGUACGAUUACAACAGAUACACAAUGUCAGUCUUACAGAUCUAAAAUCACCCAUCAGCCAUCUCUUCCGAAAAUUCAAACGGACCGAGUCCAGUAGCAAUGUUUUGAACCAGGAGCAAACGAUGCCAGCAUCAAAUCCACAGCCAAGACAGCUCCGAAAAGCAGCAUCGGCAUUAAACAUAUCGCAGCUCUACAACAGGGUUACCAAGGAUCAUAUCAGCUAUUUCUCCAUUCAAUGCGACAUUCGAUCAGGGUCAUCGACUACUGUUAUAUCGGACUAUUCGACCUCAUCUACUUUUACAGAGAACAAACGUGUGCGACAAACAAAGCGACUUUCUCAUCGUCUUUCCAUGGUGUUCUUUUCAAAUACAUUGCCUGACCUGACGGUUCAAAAUCAACAACAUCAACAAGAUAGCGACCUCGAGCAAGCCAAGAUCAACCAGUCGGAAAUGAUCAAAAUUAUACGUAUGGUGUGUGAAAUCUUGGGCAUUACGUUUUAUCAGACGAGCAGUUCACAAUUGGUUUGUCUGCUGACAUUGAGAAACUGUAAAAAACCCAACAUCACUCCACAGCAAGCUCAAUUGCCACCACAACCACAGCAACAACCAUCCACGCAGCAUUCAUUAUUCCGUUCAAAGCUAUUCAGUUCCAGUGAUCGACUCUCGGAUCUACAUCGAAAACAAUCCACUUCAUUCAUAAGCAACAGUUCUAACCAUAGUUCCCUGAACAACGGGUGGUGGAGCCGACAGGUACACAGAAUAUCAGCCCCAUUCAGUGCAAGCCAGUCUAUCCUACUCACCGGCUCUUCUGCCAUGGCCAUGAACAGUAGCCAUGACCUGAUAUCCAUGGGUCGAUUGACUCAACAACAACAGCAACAACAAUACAAUUCGCAAGAAGAGGCCACCACGCCCACAGACACCACGGAAGACCCAGACGGAUUUGCCAUGCUAUCCAUUGAUUUAUUCUCUGUACCUUCUUCCAAAUACAAUGAUGAUGGUAGCCCACUACAAAUUGUAGCCACCCGGUUUUCAAAGCUCAAAGGAUCAACGAAAGUAUUCAAAUUCGCCAAAGGUUGGAUUCAAAUGCUCUUGUCACAGAAUGCAUCGACUACCAGCAAACAAAAGAAUUUUAGUCGUUCCGAUGCCGAAGCCUACAUGAAAUCAGCUGUGGAACACUUUGACGAAAAUGAUGUGAUUCGACUCUAA